AUGCUCAAAACAGAGCUCGAUGAACGUCAAAGUGCCCGCACCGGCGUAGCUCCAAACCUCUUCACGACACCGACAAUUUCUCCUCCCACAUCAGCAUUUAUCCACGGCCCGCUGCCUCCUGUGCCCUCAUUGUCGCUGCCUGUGUCCUGCGCGCGGUCUUUCUUCCUCUCGACGUCGGUCACCGCACCCUUCUCGUCUUCCCCGACUGCCGCCUUCGCCGCACCAACACAACUUCCAGCAUCGAAGAUGCCUCGUGGUAACAGCCCCUGCAUCUACAACUACUACGGCAUGUGCACGCUCCGCGGCUCCUUUCUCCCGGAGUUGAUCCCCUGGGACCACGAACAUCUGCUGGAGAACGUGAUUGUUCUGGAAACCGCCCGCCCCCAGCGUCGUCACGUUUGCGAGGCGCUGCUUCACAAUUUCGUCCACUGUAUCAACCUCCGGAGCAUCACGUUCGAUGUGGACCGGAACUCCUACAACAUGCGGCUUGAUGCGCAGAUUCGGAGGAUGCGGGAGGACGUGGAGUUGACUGUGGGGGAGGACAGCGACGAAGAUGAGGAGUGA